AUGAAAGGACUCAAUCUCAGUGGCGUCACUGAGUUCUGCCGCGUGUUGACGCGGUGCCCGCACCUGCUGCUGCCGCACGUUUCGGUCCACGAUGUGACGCAAGUGCCUUUUCAGACGCUGCGAGAUCGAGGGUUUCGCGGCGUGAUCUUUGAUAAGGACAAUACGCUGACGGCGCCACACCAAGCGGAAGUCGCUCGGCAUCUCGCGUCCUCUCUCGCUGAAUGCCGCCGCGUGUUUGGCGAUGCGCGUGUUGUCAUUUUCUCCAACUCGGCCGGGUCUGUAGACGAUCCGGACGGAGCAGAAGCCAAGGACAUUGAAGCGAGACUGCAUGUUGCUGUGCUCCGUCAUGACGAAAAAAAACCUGGAGGCAUUGCGUUUGUGAAAAAGCACUUUGGCGACGUCGAUCCCGCGACACUGGUGAUGAUUGGCGAUCGGUACUCGACGGACGUGCUGUUUGGCAACCUCAAUGGACUUUUGACGAUUCGGACAGAGCAAUUUGCACCUGAGAGUGAGAGUGUUGUCAACCGGCAGCUGCAGCGCAUCGAGAAAGUAGCUGUGCGAUGGCUAUUGCGUGCUGGAGUGGAGCCGCCCACACAUCCGCUGUGGAGUUAUUAG